GUUCUAGUAAACAAAACAUGGAGUGCGAAGAUUCAAAAUUCGGUUUCAAAACUGAUAAGAAUGCAUCACCAAAAGAGCUGAUCGGGAUUCUUAUACCCAGUACAGAUGGAGACAGAUACCUUAUGAACAAACUGGACGACAGGGGUUGGUGGUUGCCGCAUUGUAAAUGCAACACUUCACAUACUUUGAAAGUCACUGCAAAUAAUUUUGCAGAAAAGGUUACUGGAGCAACCUGUCAAUUAAAGGGAAUCUUGCGGUUAGAUAAACAAAUGGGAGGCGAUUGCAAUCAAACACAGAUCUUCUUUAUGACUGAACCUGUUGCAUCAGAGACAAUAAAGGAUCUAGAGGCAUUCAGGUGGUUCACAAUAGAAGAACUGAAACUAAUUACAGUCUUGGAUGAGCACAUACUUGGUCCUGAACCUUAUGAACUCGCAGAACAAGCCAAGAAUAAUGAAGUGCAUCCACUGAACAUGUUACAUGAUCAAAUCCCUGAUUUAAUUGACACAAAGCAGGUAGAUUCUUCCCAGAGUUCCAUGCAAGAACUACUGCUACGGGCUGCAAAACUAGGGAAAAAAGAACAAGAAAAGAUAUACAGUCAGUACACAGACGCCUGCUACCCAAGUUCAAUGAUGAAUGAAACUUCCUUCAAUAAAUACAUUGUGAAAAAGGGGUUUAAAGGAGAUAAUGAUAGUCUGAAGUCUGCUUUUAGGGCAUUUGAUCGCCAUGAUCGUAAACUACUCAGUUUCCAUGACAUUUUACAAGGUUUGGGUUGUAUGGAACCUGCAACUCAACAUGGAGGAACCCCAGCUGAAAUAAGAUGUAGAUAUAUUUUCCGUUACUAUGACAACAAUAAAGAUGGCAUCCUGCAAUUUACAGAAUUCAAACAAUUGGUUAGAGAUAUUAGAAGGCUGAAAAACCUUCCCAUUGAUGAGGAAUCAGUUGAUAAAGAUGCCGUUGCAAGUGCCAAAGUGUUUGCUGUUGAAGCAAAAGAUAACCUUCCCCUGGCAGACUUCCUUGCUGCAGUGGGCCAGUUAAAGUUUAGGGGAACAUCUCUACUCUUCAGACUACCUCAUUCUUGUGUCAGAUCUGACCAUGUAUCUUCUAAGAAACCAGCUUCACCUCAGAAUGGCUCUCCCAAUUCUUCUCCCAAUAGCUCACCCACAAGUUCACCCCCUCAUAGACCUGCUAAACGAUUCAAGACAUCCCCCUUGGACAUUGACAUCUCACAGUUCAAUACAACAGAGGAUGCCUUUGAGGACUUUAUCUUCAAGUCACCAGAGCCUUCCCCCUCCCCCUCUGCAUCCUCACAUCGGAUAUCAUUUGAAAAAUAUGAGCUAGCAACACAUACGGUGAAAGUCAGGCGAACAGGCACAUUGUCUGAUGUCAUGGCAAUAUGGGACCUCCAAGGUACAGCUGCUGUAAGUGCUGGAGGAGUAGGUCCUCUAGAUCUGGAGGGAGAUAAGACAAGGUUUCAGCGAAUGCCCUCAGUCGACUCCUUUAAUCAGCGGUCCCAUCCCAAUGAGAUGUUGACAGGGCUGCGAUACUUUGAAAGACCUAUCAAAGGGGCCAAUGGUACAUUAACAAAGGAGCCAUUUGACUGGGGCCAGGUUGAUAAAGCAGCAUUAGCCAAAUGUCUGCUUGCUCUAUGUAGGGAGGUUAAAGAGAUCCUUUCAUCGGAAUCUAGGCUUUUAAGACUAAAGUCUCCUACUUAUAUUCUAGGUGACAUCCAUGGGAACUAUAGAGAUCUUGUAUGCUUUGAGAAGUCUCUUUGGCGUAUGGGUCCCCUCAUUACUCCAGCCAAUUUCCUCUUUCUGGGUGACUAUGUAGACCGAGGAGAGAGUGGUAUAGAGGUUGUUGCCUAUUUGUUUGCUCAGAAGAUUCUUGCCCCGAAAAAGUUUUUCCUCCUCAGGGGUAACCAUGAACUAAGAGCCGUCCAAAAGAUGUUUUCAUUUGAAACUGAAUGUCUCGAGAAGUUUGGAGACAACAUAGGAUCUCAGAUAUGGGAAGCUAUAAAUGAUUGCUUCGAUGUCAUGCCACUAGCCGCUACUGUAGAUUAUAAGAUAUUCUGUGUUCAUGGUGGUAUUCCCUCCAUACAUGAGCUAGGGGGCAAAAUAGAGGCAAUAAAUAAAAUACCUGUACCCUUAAAAGACCCAGAAGAAGAGUCACAAUUAGCCUGGGAGAUUAUGUGGAGCGACCCUGUAGGUUCCGACUUAAUGACAAAAGAAGUCGCAGCAGAUUUGGAGGAAAAUGAAGGUUUUAUUCACAACACACGUCGUGGGACUGCAUAUUUCUUUAGUACAGCUGCUCUUAUGUCAUUCUUGGAGCGCAACAAUUUGUCUCAUGUUAUACGUGCCCAUGAGGUCCAGCAAGUAGGAUUUCAGGUCCAACAGAGAGGUAAACUAUUGACAGUGUUUUCAUCAUCCCAUUACUGUGGUGGCUCCAACGAGGCUGCCUGUGUAUUAGCUGACCAGCAUAAACUACGCAUGAUACGACUGGAUACUUCUUGAUACAAAUAUACAAGUGUCCAGCAUUAUAUUGUUAAUAUCUAUAGAGAACUACAUAGACAAGGAUGUACCCAGUCAUGAGAAAGUCGAGGAAUUGCCUCUGGACGUUUUACC